UAAACCACCAUCCCCAGUUGUCGUCACCUAUAAAAUUGUUCUCUGAAACGCGCGCCCGUUUCAGAUAGACUCUGUGAAUGACCGGUCACAUAUUGUUGACUUCUUGUCAUGGCAACAUUACACUUAAUACUUUUGGUAGCAUUACCACUGUGUUAUGCUCAAUUUUCAAUUCAAGGGCCUAGUGAUGGUAGCAGACGUUCUCAGGGUCUUAAAUAUGAUGCACAAAAAGGCAUUCAAUAUGAUGAUCAAUCUGCUUCAUUAGAUACUGGUGACUUUAGUAUACAAGGUGCAUCUGAUGGCAAUUCCAAUUUUAAUAUACAAGGAGCAUCUGAUGGAAAUUCAAAUUUCCAAAUACAAGGAGCAUCUGAUGGAAAUGCCAAUUUCCAAAUACAAGGAGCAUCCGAUGGAAAUGCCAAUUUUCAAAUACAAGGAGCAUCUGAUGGAAAUGCUAAUUUCCAAAUUCAGGGCGCAACUGAUGAUAAUUCAAAUUUUCGAAUUCAAGUACCAACAAAUGGUGAUGAACAAACUCAAAAUACUUAUGGAGGAAAUCGAGGCCCAGGAAAAUCUUUGCAGUAUCAAGAUCCUUCUGGAUUGCAAGUAAAUUGGAAAUCUUAUCAACCAACUGCAAGAGCUCAACAACAGCUACAACAACAACAAGAUGAUUAUGUACCAGCUCCAGUGGCACCACCACGUCGUAAAGGACCAAGAAGACAACAAGUACAGCAACAAGUACAACAACAAGUACAACAACAAGAAGAACCAGAACCAGCUUUAAAAAAUUACAAAGUUUUUGAUAAAGCACCGCCAACAAUAAUGCAAAUUCUUCAGUUCCAACAACAAAUUCCUUAUCUCAAUAGUAUUCCUGAACACUUGAGAUAUGAUUUUCGAAAUGCUGCUGCUGCUAAUGCACCACAAGCUCAAACACAAGAAGAACCUGUUGAAGAAAUUCAACGUCCAUUACGUAAUCGUGAAAAACCACGUGGAUCAGCAAGACAAAAACGACUAGCACAACAAAAAAAUCAACGUCAAAGAAUUGCUACACAGCCACAGUAUGCUGAGCCACAACCACAACUAUCAACAAAUGUUCCAUCACAAAUACAAAAUAUUCUACAGUACCAAGCUAAAAUUCCUUAUCUUAAUCAUAUCCCCGAACAAUGGAGAUAUGAAGCAUUGUUGAAAAAAGAAGGAGCUCAAAUUCAGCCACAAUAUCAACGACAGCCUGAACCUGAACCAAUUCGACACAGUCAAAAAGUUAGACAAAGACGUCAAGCACAAAAACAACAACAACAACAACAAUAUCAAGAACCACAACCCCAUUAUAAUACUAAUGUUCCAUCUCAUCUUCAGCAAAUUUUGAGAUUCCAAUCUCAAGUUCCAUACACCAACGUUAUUCCCGAACAAUUUAGAUAUGAAAAAUUAGCUGCAGCUGCUCAAGGACAUCGUCAAAGACGUCAAGCACCAAAAUAUCAAAGCCAAGUUGAUUUAUCACAGUAUCAAAGAGUAUCUCAGCCAUCAAUUGACACACUUCCAAAGUAUUCAACAAAUUUACCUGGUCCAAUAAAACAAUUACUUCAAUAUCAAUCACAGGCACCUUAUGAUAUUAUUGCCAACAGAAUUAAUUAUAAACUUGACAAGCCAUAUGUGCCUCAGCCAAUUGUUCCAGCUCCAAUUUCACAAAUACCUCAAACUAAUCCACGACCAAUUUACAAGCCAAUUCAACAACAACAACAACAACAGCCAGCUCAACCUAUCUAUCAACAACCACAGCCGCAACCACAAUUACAAUCACAAUUUCAACCAUCACAACAAUUUCCUUAUCAACAGCAACAACCUUUACAACGACCAGUCUAUCAACUUGCUCAAAAUCAAUACAAUGCACCAUCUCAACAACAAAAACAGCAACAGCAGCAGCAGCAAUAUUUACAGGCAGCAUCAACACAACUUCAAAGACCAAUUUAUCAACCAUUUAAUCAAGGUCAAGUUGGCCAAUAUCAACAAAACAAUAAAGCUGUAUUAUCAUCAGCACCACAAUCACAGUUGAUUCGUGCUCAGAACCAUCCCAAUGCCAUUUCUCAAUACAACAAUCAAGCUGGUCUCUAUGGACAACCAGCUAAUAUUAUUCGCCCGGUUACUGAAAAUCAAUAUUAAUUGUCAAUAUUUAGAUACAUAAUUAUUUUAUUAUUAUUGUUAAUUUUAAUGUUUUCUACAAUAUUGUAAAUUUAAUAAAUUUGAUUUAUUUACAUGAAUAUAUAUUUUUGUUAAUGAUAUAUAUAAACGAGGAGAUAGAGGAGGAGGACACAUGUGAUACUGAUAGAAAAAAAAAAAAUAACAGUAUAAAAAUAA